GGAAAAGGGUUAGCUAAAAUGCAACAAAAUUUAACUUUUGACGUAAAUUUGACAAAAUAUGGAUACCUUCUAGCCAUGAACACAAAGAUGGUACGGUAGGACCCCUGAAUUUAGAAGUAUUUUCAGUUGCCUGCAGCAUUAUUUUUUCUAAAUUGCGUUUUCCUUGGUAGGGUAUCGUUUCAUCGAAAACGAAUCACAGUUUAAUCUGUCAUUUGUAUUUACACUUUUUUUUUUUAAUGAUCUCUUUAUAAAACAGUGUAUGGACGUUGCAUCUACAGAGGGCUCUUGAGCGAGUCGACUCUUUAUUUGCCUUAUUGUUUUCCAGGCUAAAUGUUUGAUGCUAAGGAAUCGUUGAAAACUGGUUGAGACUAUUGCAAACGCUAGCGUAGAAUCAUACUCGUAAUCGCCAUCUAAGAAGUCAAACUGAGAUGAUCGACAUUCUCGAGGCGAACUCUCGACUAAAAAGUAACAUACGGGUUAUCAUCGUAGAACUUGAGCGAUAUAGAUAGCUAUCGUGAGCAGGGUAGUGCUAGCUAACUUGAUAACAAACGUUUUCUUAUUUGAUUGGACGUCUCUGGUGAAUUGCAAUAAGACAAAUGCAUAACAGCUAAGUUAGCAUACUAUACUAAGAAUAUACAUCGAGACAACAUCACAAUAAUCGUCAAUGUUUUUGCCUCGGAAGUUGCGUACUAGCUAGCAUGUUAGCAAUGGUAUGUUAGCUAGCGGGGGUUUGAAUGUUGACUGACGCUUAGUUAUAAAGGCCUAAAACGGCUGUAGAAAAUUGUAAAGAAGAUUAACAGUCCCUUAUGCGCCAUUGUUAGGUUAAUACAAUCUGUUAGGUUACUACAGUAGUUAGCCGAGUUGUAUUGAAACUCAUUAGCUAACAUUAGCUACGCUAGUGUAGAGCUGGGACGCUUUGGGCGUUUAGUCAGAAUGGCAGAUACACAACGACUAUGUCGGAAAAAUUGAUGUAACGCACAGCCCUUCUAGACAUCAAAUUUGUCACAUCUAGCAAUUGUGACUGUUCUAUGUAAACUGCCAGCUGCAUUAUUGCAUUAAGUUAAUGCAGUUUUGCACCAUCAUACCGUUUGAGGUUUUGGUGCCAGUGCCGUUAAAUUGCGUACAUAUAUCCACGUUUGAACUGGAUUGAGAUAGCAAGUCACUAUCAAUCGUCUUGCAAGACAUAAAAUGUCAGAAAACCAGGGCAAUGUGAACAAUAACGUCCCGCUAAAUAACAAUGGCGGGGCGAACAGAAUACGAAACCCUAAUAUCAACCAGAACCCACUCAUAAAUGUUAGAGACAGACUUUUCCAUGCCCUAUUCUUCAAGAUGGCAGUUACCUAUGCCAGAUUGUUUCCACCAUCUUUCAGAAGAAUCUUCGAGUUCUUUAUCCUGUUGAAGGUAAGACUUCCCUUUCACACGAUCUUACCUUCAUGUAGGCUACAAUGUCAAGAAUAGACUAACAAGGACGGUAGGCUAAUUUGCUUCAAAUAAAUUGGUUUCGUACAUGCGUGAUCUCUGCUUCUCACAUAGGGUAACUUCUUCCAAUGAUUACAGAAAAUGUAGGUGCUUUUAGCAACACGGGUGUGUUCCAUACACUAGCAUUGCUUUCUAAUGUAUUGGGUUGCACAAAAUAGUCCUUGGGAAGACAGAAGUUAAAUCCAAUUCCAUUUCAAUUUACUGUGCGGAUGGGCAGGACGGUUGGUCAUUAUGGCGGGGAAUUUGAGACAAAAUAUCUAAUGGAUCUUAUUAUUAAACAGUUUCCAAACGGUGGGUCUUUUGUAGACCCAAUUCAUCAAUGCUUAACUCAUGUCAAAGUCCCUCACAAGUUAUUCCUUUUCCACAUAUGGCGCACGUGCAAGACUUUUAUUUUGACUUUAGGUAAGCAGGUCUACAACAGACCAACGUCUGUUUAAUAAUACAAUCCUUUUAGAAAUGUGUCUCAAAGUGGGAAGUGAAUGGGUCUAUGCAGCCUGCCCUCACCAUUCUUUACAUACUGUGAUCAUGCCACAGUCCAAAUUCCUCAUUUGUUUGGAGUGGUUCUGCUACUAAUGCUGCUGCUUAUGUUUUGAUGUGUGGAUUAGUGUGGGUGUUAGAUCUUAGAUGGGUAGAACAAAAGUAAUCAACCUCCACAAUUUCUGCUUGAUUGCAUCAGAUUAGUGGUUCCCAACUAUUCUGACCAAAUAAACAAAUCAUGUAAGUAUUUAGCUCUGUGGCACACCACACUGGCACAUAGGAAUAGAAAAAAAGAGGACUGAGCACGCCCCCAUUCUCAUCGACAGGGCUGUAGUGGAACAGGUUGAGAGCUUCAAGUUCCUUGGUGUCCACAUCACCAACAAACUAUCAUGGUCCAAACACACCAAGACAGUCGUGAAGAGGGCAUGACAAAGCCUAUUCCUCCUCAGGAGACUGAAAAGAUUUGGCAUGGGUCCUCAGAUCCUCAAAAAGUUAUACAGCUGCACCAUCGAGAGCAUCCUGACUGGUUGCAUCACCGCCUGGUAUGGCAACUGCUCGGCCUCCGACCGCAAGGCACUACAGAGGGUAGUGCGUACGGCCCAGUACAUCACUGGGGCCAAGCUUCCUGCCAUCCAGGACCUCUAUACCAGGCGGUGUCAGAGGAAGGCCCUCAAAAUUGUCAAAGACUCCAGCCACCCUAGUCAUAGACUGUUCUCUCUGCUACCGCAUGGCAAGUGGUACCGGAGUGCCAAGUCUAGGUCCAAAAGACUUCUCAACAGCUUCUACCCCCAAGCCAUAAGACUCCUGAACAGCUAAUCAUGAACAGCUAAUCAUGGCUACCCGGACGAUUUGCACUGCCCCCCCACCCCCACCACAUCUUUUUACACUGCUGCUACUCUGUUAAUUAUUUAUGUAUAGUCACUUUAACUCUAACCACAAGUACAUAUUACAUCAACUAGCCGGUGCCCCCGCACAUUGACUCUGCACCGGUACCCCCCUGUACAUAGCCUCCCUACUGUUAUUUUAUUUUACUUUUUUUAUUAUUGGUUAAGGGCUGUAAGUAAGCAUUUCACGGUAAUGUCUACACCUGUUGUAUUCGGCACAUGUGGCAAAUGUUUGAUUUGAAUGUGGAACAGUUAGGCAUACUGUGUGGUUUGAGUCAGCACAACAAUAACCAAGAAAAACCAUAGCAUUAGGUGAAAAGGUUGUACAUGUGAAAUGUAUUAGUUCUAGCUACUAGCCACAUCAUUGUCAUCAACAGAGUUGAUGAUUGACACAUCUAUUCUACACCAAUUUAUUAUUAUUAUUAUAGCCAGUAAUUAGCUUGACUUUCAUCAUUGCAGUCAGGCCGGCCUUUCCCAACUGUGAUUAGGCUUAAACCCGGGAAAGCCUUUGCUUGUGCAACUCGGGGCAUAAAGGAACACAUUGACUAAAAUACACACUUAUCCUCAUCAGCUCUGAUGGUUGCAGGCAGCAUAACAGCAAAGACAGGCAUUUUCAGAGGGUUAUAAUUGCAAUGACCCUCAACUCAAGGUCUAGUGAGUCAUCUUAACAGGCAUCACAUUAGAGCUCUCCUGUCCUAGCGUUUUUCCAUUCGUGUGUGUGUGUUUGGAUAAAAACUAGACCUGUGAAAGAACUCAGAAUUCUAUCAGAGAUUGUUGACUAUGUUUUUAUGCAGUCAAGGUGUGUGUGCAUGCGUACAUACACUGAGUGUACAAAGCAUUAAGAACACCUGCUCUUUCGAUGACAAAGCCUGACCAGGUGAAUCCAGGUGAAACAUAUGAUCCCUUAUCGAUGUCACCAUUUAAAUCCACUUCGAUCAGUUUAGAUGAAGGGGAGGAGACGGGUUAAAGAAGGAUUUUUAAGCCUUGAGACAAUUGAGACAUGGAUUGGGUAUGUGUGCCAUUGAGGGUGAAUGGGCAAGACAACAUUUUUAAGUGCCUUUGAACGGGGUAUGGUAGUAGGUGCCAGGCGCAUCGGUUUGUGUGUCAAGAACUACAUCGCUGCUGGGUUUUUCUCGCUCAACAGUUUCCUGUGUGUAUCAAGAAUGGUCCACCACCCAAAGGACAUCCAGCCAACUUGACACAACUGUGGGAAGCAUUUGAGUCAACAUGGGCCAGCAUCCCUGUGGAAAGCUUUCGAGACCUUGUAGAGUCCAUGCCCCAACGAAUUGAGGCUGUUCUGAGGGCAUAAGGGGGUGCUACUCAAUAUUAGGAAGGUGUUCUUAAUUUUUGUACACUCAGUGUAUGUGUGUGUACAUUGCGUGCAUGUGUACACACACUGUGAGCAGGUGUACCAGGCCUCCACACUAGCUAACUGACAGUAGGGAUCUGCCUGCCUGCUUGAGUGCGUUACCAGACAGGAGAGAAGAGCGAUGCUCUAAUGCAGAGAGAAGGAGAGGAAGAGCGAUGGACAGCCAUUUGCAGAGGCACCUGCCUGUCACUACUGAUUGGGAUGCGAUGGGUGUGAAACAAAAUGGCACGUCCCCUAUCUGUCUCUGUUGUCACUGACACUUUAGCUUUAGGCAUCUUUUUGAUAUUCUGAGUAUUGGCUUCCUGUUGAAGAGGAUCAUUUUAAAUAGACCAGGCUCUCUAGCACCUCACGUUUCUCCUCAGCUGACUGCUCUCUGUAGGAAUAUAUCCUACUGCACCUUUGUAGUGGGCACCUACACUAAGCAGCCUCUGUGACGUUCAUUUAGGCCAGGGUUUCCCAAACUCGGUCCUGGCGAGUUUGGGCGGAAAAAUGGCCUAAUGGUGGAAAAAUAGCCUCCUGCCCCCCCACCCACCCCCCCAGGUGCACGUUUUGGUUUUUGCCCUAGCACUACACAGCUGAUUCAAAUAAUCAAAACUUGAUGAGUUGGUUAUUUGAAUCAGCUGUGUAGUACUUGGGCAACAACCAAAACGUGCACCUGGGGGGGUGGGAGGGGGCCCAGGACCGAGUUAGGCAAUUUUUCCGCCAUUGAUGUACAGGAUCCAGGGUUGGGGAACAUUUGAAAAGGAAUUGACCCCAAUCCUGAUAGGUUCUCUCUCUGCUGCUCCUCAAACCUUGCACGUAUGUGAACUAUCUUUUGUUUCUGUUUCUGGCAAUGUGAUUGUCAUUAACAGUGUUGCAGGAGGAGAAACAUACAAAAAUGUAUCCUACCUGUGUCCCUUUCAGCGCCAUUAAACUAGGGCUGGGAAUUGCCAGGGACCUCACAAUACGAUAUUAUCACGAUACUUAGGUGCCGAUACGAUAUGUAUUGCGAUUCCCAUGAUCCUAUAUGUAUUGCAUUUCGAUAUUGCGAUUUGCUAUUCCAAACAUAUUGCUCACUAUAUGUCUGCUGUAGAGAGACGAGAGGGCAAGAGAAAAUGAGUUGAAAACAUGUUUGCUCACUUUUUUUAAAAGAUUGAGAACAAGCUAUAAGAUGAAAAAUACCAGACUUUUGGCGCAGGUACAGCUGACUAGCGCCAGCUAACACUACCUAGCAAAUUAUCUAUAUAAUAUUGUCCAAAAUAAUAUUGCGAUAUGUAACUAUCGAUUUUAAAAAUCUGUCAAUCCCAAUACCAUAUCGCCCUAAACAAUCUGUCAUAAUUGAAUGCCCUCCACCCUCUCUCUCUCUUCCUCUACCAGGCCCUGUUUGUGCUCUUCAUCCUGGCCUACAUUCACAUCGCCUUCUCCCGCUCGCCAAUCAACUGCCUGGAGCACGUGCGGGAGAAGUGGCCGCGUGACGGCAUCCUGCGCGUGGAGAUCCAGCGCAACUCGUCGCGUGCGCCCAUCUUCCUUCAGUUCUACGACAAUGACGGCUUCCAGGGCCUGGUCAAGGAACCAGAGGGAGAGGGAGAGGGAGAAGGAGGGCUGGGUCUGGCCGCGCUGCACCACGAGGAGGAGGAGGAGGAGGAGAUGACCCUGGAGAUGUUUGACAACAGCUCUGUGAGGGUGAGGCGCUGCUACAGGGUUGCAGGGAGAGGGGUUGAGAGGAAGGCUAAAGGCAGAGACAGACCAAUAAUUCUGCUACCGAGUGUCCCUGACCAGAAUAAUGACCACGUAAUGACCUUGCAUUGUUCAUGCCUUCAGAAAGUAUUCACACCCCUUGACUUCUUCCACAUUUUAUUGUGUUACAGCCUGAAUUCAAAAUGGAUUCAAUACAAAUAAAAAUCUCACCCAUCUACACACUAUCCCAUAAUGACGAAGUGAAAACAUGUUUUUAGAAAUGUUUGCAAAUGUAUUGAAAAUAUAAUAUAGGAAUAUCUCAUUUACUUAAGUCUUCACACCCAAGUCAAUACAUGUUAGAAUCACCUUCGCAGCGAUUACAGCUGUGAGUCCAUCUGAAGUGUAAUAAUACAGUGAGGGGAAAAAAGUAUUUGAUCCCCUGCUGAUUUUGUACGUUUGCCCACUGACAAAGAAAUGAUCAGUCUAUAAUUUUAAUGGUAGGUUUAUUUGAACAGUGAGAGACAGAAUAACAACAAAAAAAUCCAGAAAAACGCAUGUCAAAAAUGUUAUAAAUUGAUUUGCAUUUUAAUGAGGGAAAUAAGUAUUUGACCCCCUCUCAAUCAGAAAGAUUUCUGGCUCCCAGGUGUCUUUUAUACAGGUAACAAGCUGAGAUUAGGAGCACACUGUUACCUGUAUAAGACACCUGUCCACAGAAGCAAUCAAUCAAAUUCCAAGACCAUCGCCAAGCAGCUUGGUGAGAAGGUGACAACAGUUGGUGCGAUUAUUCGCAAAUGGAAGAAACACAAAAGAACUGUCAAUCUCCCUCGACCUGGGGCUCCAUGCAAGAUCUCACCUCGUGGAGUUGCAAUGAUCAUGAGAACGGUGAGGAAUCAGCCCAGAACUACACGGGAGGAUCUUGUCAAUGAUCUCAAGGCAGCUGGGACCAUAGUCACCAAGAAAACAAUUGGUAACACACUACGCCGUGAAGGACUGAAAUCCUGCAGUGCCCGCAAGGUCCCCCUGCUCAAGAAAGCACAUAUACAGGUCUGUCUGAAGUUUGCCAAUGAACAUCUGAAUGAUUCAGAGGAGAACUGGGUGAAAGUGUUGUGGUCAGAUGAGACCAAAAUCGAGCUCUUUGGCAUCAACUCAACUCGCCGUGUUUGGAGGAGGAGGAAUGCUGCCUAUGACCCCAAGAACACCAUCCCCACCGUCAAACAUGGAGGUGGAAACAUUAUGCUUUGGGGGUGUUUUUCUGCUAAGGGGACAGGACAACUUCACCGUAUCAAAGGGACGCUGGACGGGGCCAUGUACCGUCAAAUCUUGGGUGAGAACCUCCUUCAUUCAGCCAGGGCAUUGAAAAUGGGUCGUGGAUGGGUAUUCCAGCAUGACAAUGACCCAAAACACACAGCCAAGGCAACAAAGGAGUGGCUCAAGAAGAAGCACAUUAAGGUCCUGGAGUGGCCUAGCCAGUCUCCAGACCUUAAUCCCAUAGAACAUCUGUGGAGGGAGCUGAAGGUUCGAGUUGCCAAACGUCAGCCUCGAAACCUUAAUGACUUGGAGAAGAUCUGCAAAGAGGAGUGGGACAAAAAUCCCUCCUGUGAUGUGUGCAAACCUGGUUGCCGACUACAAGAAACGUCUGACCUCUGUGAUUGCAAACAAGGGUUUUGCCACCAAGUACUAAGUCAUAUUUUGCAGAGGGGUCAAAUACUUAUUUCCCUCAUUAAAAUGCAAAUCAUUUUAUAACAUUUUUGACAUGCGUUUUUCUGGAUUUUGUUGUUGUUAUUCUGUCUUUCACUGUUCAAAUAAACCUACCAUUAAAAUUAUAGACUGAUAAUUUCUUUGUCUGUGGGCAAACGUACAAAAUCAGCAGGGGAUCAAAUACUUUUUUCCCUCACUGUAACUUCACCAUGCUCAAAGGGAUAUUCAAUGUCUGCUUUUUUUUACCCAUCUACCAAUAGGUGCCCUUCUUUACGAGGCAUUGGAAAACCUCCCUGUUCUUUGUGGUUGAAUCUGUGUUUGAAAUUCACUGCUCGACUGAGGGACCUUACAGAUAAUUGUAUGUGUGGGGUACAGAGAUGAGGUAGUCAUUGAAAAAUCAUGUUAAACACUGUUAUUGCACACUGAAUGAGUCCAUGCAAAUUUGGACUCCUGAACUAAUUAAGGCUUGCCAUAACAAAGGGGUUGACUUUAUUGACUAAAGACAUUUCAGCUUUUAAUUUGUAAUUAAUUUGUAAAUAUAUCUAAAAACAUAUUUCCACUUUUGACAUUAUGGGGUAUUGUGUGUAGGCCAGUGACACAUCUCAAUUGAAUCCAUUUUAAAUUCACAACAAAAUUAGCAAAAAGUCAAGGGGUGUGAAUAUUAAGUCUUUCUCUGUUUUCUUUUUCUCCUCACUCUGUCAGUUUGAGCUAGACAUCGAGCCGCGGCUGAAGCCCUCGCUGAGCGGCAUCGGCCUUGGGGGAGGGGGCCUCAACAACAGCCAGGACCUCUCCUUCAGCCAGUCGCCCACUAAAGGUAUGCAGCCGCUGAGGGAGACAGUCUCCGAGAUUGAGAUGCUAACACGAGCAGGUAAACUCAAACCCCCCCCCCCCCCCCUGCCCUACCUACCUGAGAAUCCUCAAUCCUCUCCUCUCACCGCUUCUUUCUUUCUCUUCACCUCCUCCUUCUAGCUAGCUCCCUUAUCGCCCCUUCCAGCCAUCUUCUUGUCCUUGGUCACCCCCUUUCUGGCAUGAUUCCAUUCCAAAAAUGUGUUCCCUUGUCUUCUGCUCCUCAACGACUUCCUGCAGCUGUUGUUUUGAAGGAUCAGACUGUUUGAAUCAGACUGUGUGGCCAUGAUGCCAUCGCAUCUCCCGCAGUGGGCCCUGGCUGUGCCCAGACAAAGACUGUGUGUUGAGCUGACCUUUUGCAGCUCGCUCCAGCAGUAGCAGUCGAGAGCCAGGCUCCAGACUUUAGUUUAGGCCGUGUUUGUGUCGUGUCUGUGUGCCCUUGCAUUGGUUUUAACAAUUCUAAAUGGCCUAAAGGUUAUUUUUAUGUGCUACGUAUGCAUGGUUUGUGUUUUAUUGCUCUAAGUCUGACUCCUCCUUUCCUUAAUUUGAUUUUAAUUAAGAGUUUUGUUAAUGCGUUUCUGUCAAUGUUUUGCCAUUUUAGGUGGGCUCUAACUUUAUAGUUGAAAUAUGAGUUGUUCUAAUGCAAAGCAAGAGUGUGUGGGGUUGCUGUGUGUUUUCUGUGUUGGCGAGGUGUGGUAAGCUGCACUGCUUACCUGUGAGUGUGUUUCUCUCUCUGUGUGUGUUGUCUUCAGUGUGGCCUCAGGAGCAGUACAUAGUGGAGUACUCUCUGGAGUACGGCUUCCUCCGCUUGUCCCAGACCACCCGGCAACGCCUCAACAUCCCCGUCAUGGUCGUCACGCUGGGUAAGCGGUUAUAAAGCCUACUUAUCACGGUCAUAAGCAUGACAUAAAACAUGAUCGUCGAUGUCAUGAACGGUCUUAGCUAGAUGAGCGGUGUUAUUAAGCCAGUCCAACACUCAUAAGCAUGACAUAGGUGUCAUUAAACAGUCAUGUCUGGGUAAGCUCUGUUACAAAGCCUACUAUAAACACUCAAAAGCAUGCCAUAGCAUGUGUCAUAAACAGUGAUAGGAACUAAUGUUGCUAAAGUGAUAGGAACUAUGACCACUGACUUGCAAGUUAGCUUGCCAAUGAGCAGUAGUUGGUUAGAUCAGUAGUUACCAAUGAGCAGUAGUUGGUUACAUCAGUAGUUACCAAUGAGCAGUAGUUGGUUAGAUCAGUAGUUACCAAUGAGCAGUAGUUGGUUAGAUCAGUAGUUACCAAUGAGCAGUAGUUGGUUAGAUCAGUAGUUACCAAUGUGCAUGCUGAUGUACUGUAGCAAGCACUCAACCUCGGGUGGCUAAGAUGGACAGGAGCUAGCUGCUGACCUUUUUGAAUUAUAUCAGUAUAUGGGCCAUAGGUCAUAUUGGCCAACACAAUGGUGCUUUGUUAAGCACUCCUAUUAACGAAACUCAUAGCUGAAGCGCUCUCAGACCACCCUUUGUUGAGCGCCCAAUGGCAAUCUUUGACAUUAGCAUUUUAGCAGACGCUCUUAUCCAGAGCUUAAAGGCAAGCGCAAUAAAAGUAUCGCCAGCGAAACACUUCGAGAUACAGUGAGGGGAAAAAAGUAUUUGAUCCCCUGCUGAUUUUGUACGUUUGCCAACUGACAAAGAAAUGAUCAGUCUAUAAUUUUAAUGGUAGGUUUAUUUGAACAGUGAGAGACAGAAUAACAACAAAACAAUCCAGAAAAACGCAUGUCACAUUAAGGUCCUGGAGUGGCCUAGCCAGUCUCCAGACCUUAAUCCCAUAGAAAAUCUGUGGAGGGAGCUGAAGGUUCGAGUUGCCAAACGUCAAGCUCGAAACCUUAAUGACUUGGAGAAGAUCUGCAAAGAGAAGUGGGACAAAAUCCCUCCUGAGAUGUGUGCAAACCUGGUGGCCAACUACAAGAAACGUCUGACAUCUGUGAUUGCCAACAAGGGUUUUGCCACCAAGUACUAAGUCAUGUUUUGCAGAGGGGUCAAAUACUUAUUUCCCUCAUUAAAAUGCAAAUCAAUUUAUAACAUUUUUGACAUGCGUUUUUCUGGAUUUUGUUGUUGUUAUUCUGUCUCACUGUUCAAAUAAACCUACCAUUAAAAUUAUAGACUGAUCAUGUCUUUGUCAGUGGGCAAACGUACAAAAUCAGCAGGGGAUCAAAUACAUUUCUCCCUCACUGUACGUAGUCAGCAUAGUAGUCAGGCACACUAAAAAACCUGGUAGAAGUAGCACAGACAGUGUUUGAGGACAGGAGGUGCUGUCUGUGUGAGGCUGCGUAUCCUAAUCCUGCGUGUGUGUGCGCGCAGACCCCAUGAAGGACCAGUGCUUUGGGGACACCUUUAGCCGCUUCCUCCUGGAUGAGUUCCUGGGCUACGAUGACAUCCUGAUGUCCAGCGUCAAGGCCCUGGCCGAGAACGAGGAGAAUAAAGGUACAUGGUGGAGAGGGAUGGAGGUGUGUGUCAGUGUUUCUCCUGCAUCAGUCUUUCCUUGGUGGUGUGCAAUGCUGUGCACGCGUCUGAUCGGUGCUCUGUGUGUGUGUGUGUGUGUGUGUGUGUGUGAACAGGCUUCCUCAGGAACGUGGUGUCAGGGGAACACUACCGAUUCGUCAGCAUGUGGAUGGCCCGUACCUCCUACCUGGCUGCCUUCGUCAUCAUGGUAAUAUUCGUAAGUAUCAGUCUCCACACAAAAGUGUUAAAAAUCCUAUGUUUAAAACAUCCCAAGUGUUCAAUUUAGCCCACGAGAAGCCUUUAUUUGGGUUCCUUCGUUUCACCAAAACAAUUCAACAUACACUACCGGUCAAAAGUUUCAGAACACCUACUCAUUCAAGGGUUUUUCUUUAUUUUUUUUUACUAUUUUCUACAUUGUAGAAUAAUAGUGAAGACAUCAAAACUAUGAAAGAACACAUGGAAUCAUGUAGUAACCAAAAAAGUGUUAAACAAAUCAAAAUAUAUUUUAGAUUAUUCAAAUGGCCACCCUUGCCUUGAUGACAGCUUUGCACACUCUUGGCAUUCUCUCAACCAGCUUCACCUGGAAUGCUUUUCCAACAGUCUUGAAGGAGUUCCCACAUUUGCUGAGCACUUGUUGGCUGCUUUUCCUUCACUCUGCGGUCCGACUCAUCCCAAACCAUCUCAAUUUGGUUGAGGUCGGUGGAUUGUGGAGGCCAAGUCAUCUGAUGCAACACUCCAUCACUCUCCUUCUUGGUAAAAUAGCCAAUACACAGCCUGGAUAGUCCCACUAAGCCCAAGCCAGAUGGGAUGGCGUAUCGCUGCAGAAUGCUGUGGGAGCCAUGCUGGUUAAAUAAAUCACAGACAGUGUCACCAGCAAAGCACCCCCACACCAUAACACCACUUCCUCCAUGCUUUACGGUGGGAAAUACACAUGCGGAGAUCAUCCGUUCAUCCACACCGCGUCUCACAAAGACACGGCGGUUGGAACCAAAAUCUCAAAUAUGGACUCCAGAUCAAAAGGACAGAUUUUCACUGAUCUAAUGUCCAUUGCUCGUGUUUCUUGGCCCAAGCAAGUCUCUUCUUCUUAUUGGUGUUCAUUUGCAGUGGUUUCUUUGCAGCAAUUUGACCAUUAAGGCCUGAUUCACACAGUCUCCUCUAAACUGUUGAUGUUGAGAUGUGUCUGUUACUUGAACUCUGUGAAGCUUUUAUUUGGGUUGCAAUUUCUGAGGCUGGUAACUCCAAUAAACGUAUCCUCUGCAGCAGAGGUAACUCUGGGUCUUCCAUUCCUGUGGCGGUCCUCAUGAGAGCCAGUUACAUAGCGCUUUAUGGUUUUUGCGACUGCACUUGAAGAAACUUUCAAAGUUCUUGAAAUGUGCCGUAUUGACUGACCUUCAUGUCUUAAAGUAAUGAUGGACUGUCGUUUCUCUUUGCUUAUUUGAGCUGUUCUUGCCAUAAUAUGGACUAGGUCUUUUACCAAAUAGGGCUAUCUUCUGUAUACCCCCCCUACCUUGUCACAACACAACUGAUUGGCUCAAACGCAUUAAGAAGGAAAGAAAUUCCACAAAUUAACUUUUAAGAAGGCACAGCUGUUUAUUGAAAUGCAUUCCAGGUGAGUACCUCAUGAAGCUGGUUGAGAGAAUGCCAAGAGUGUGCAAAGCUGCCAUCAAGGCAAAGGGUGGCUAUUUGUAGAAUCUCAAAUAUAAAAUAUAUUUUGAAUUGUUUUAACACUUUUUUUGGUUACUACAUGAUUCCAUGUGUUAUUUCAUAGUUUUGAUGUCUUCACUAUUAUUCUACAAUGUAAAAAAUAGUAAACAAAAUAAAGAAAAACCCUUGAAUGAGUAGGUGUUCUGAAACUUUUGACCGGUAGUGUAUUUUUAAUGAUAAAUUAGCUGGUGCUAACUACUCUCUGUGUUAGUCAUGUAAAGAAGAAGGGUGAGAUAAGCUUUUGUCUGUUUCCACAGAAAUGUGCUUUGCCUCUUGAAAGAGGGAACGUGAAAAGUAAGAACAAGGGAUUCCAUUGGAUGUUUGUUUUUCUCUGUAUCUGCAGACCCUGUCAGUGUCCAUGCUGCUGCGCUACUCCCACCACCAGAUCUUCGUCUUCAUUGGUAAGAACACACACACACACACACACCCCUCUAGCAGUCUUGAAAGACAAACUCAGUGCCGCACAUCGCUUUGGCCCUACGCCAAACUCUCUCAACUUUAACCCUUUCCUCUCCGUCUCACCAGUGGAUCUGCUGCAGAUGUUGGAGAUGAACAUGACCAUCGCCUUCCCAGCAGCCCCUCUGCUCACCGUCAUCCUGGCUCUCGUGGGUAAGAGUGUCUCGCCGUUUGAGCCGCCAUAUCUACAGUUAACUGCAACAAGCUGGGUCUUGGUAUAUAUAUUUUUUGGUUUGAACAAAUGAACAGUGGGUAAGAAGAAACUUUCCCUCUCUCCCAGGAAUGGAGGCCAUCAUGUCGGAGUUCUUCAACGACACCACCACCGCCUUCUACAUCAUCCUCAUCGUGUGGCUGGCUGACCAGUACGACGCCAUCUGCUGCCACACCAACACCAGCAAACGUCAUUGGCUGAGGUAAGCUGUGCAUACCCUCCACUCUCUCAUAAAAUGAGGGACGGGUCGAGAGAAAGGGCCCCGGAACUAUUUGGCGCAUUUCUAUGAUUUCAGUUGAAAUAAUUUGCUUAGAGCUGCUUUUUCAUCAGUCUCUCCACUGAUGACUUUGUCUCUCCAGUUCCAGGUAGUCCUUCCAUUCCACUGUCAGUCAGUCCAGUGUGAUGCUGUUAUUUUAGGCUACUCUCUAAGGAGGCUGUCUCUGUCUCUCCCGCAGGUUCUUCUAUUUGUAUCACUUUGCGUUCUACGCCUACCACUACCGCUUUAACGGCCAGUACAGCAGCCUGGCUCUGGUCACCUCCUGGCUCUUCAUACAGGUGAGAUACGGCAGAGAAGGAAAGGAAGGGAUGGAUGAAAAAAAGUAGUGGAAAUGUUCAAAUAAACUAGAGAAAAGACACACAAUCCCAAACUGUAGUGUGAUUUCAAAGUGUGUGUGUGUUUACUAGCCCACAUACUCCUCCAUCCUCCAGCGUUUUGAAUACGAAACACUAGAGGCUUUGCCUUUGUUUCAAGAGGCCUACACACUUCAUUUAUUUAGUACAGAGCUGGAAAGUGCUUUAUUAUGUUAUUGUGCUGUUAGACCGGUUUAUCAUUCUUUAAAUGUUACGGUAAACUAAGAAAACAGAACUGAAUUUAUUUUAGUGAAUAGCAAUGAAAGUCAUAUUGGGUUAGUGGGUUUUUAAACCCAAUUAAAAAAAUUCCUGAAUAAAUCGAUUUCUCUAUAGUAAUGACUGUGCAUGAUGCUAAUGGUUUAGCCCUAAAAGAUUAGCAUCCUAGGCUACAUUUUAGCCAAUGUAGCGAUUCGCCUGUGAUUUUGAGAUCAGACCACUGAAGUCAUGCCAGCCACAGCUCUUGUUCGAGUUUGUAGCCCUCCUGCCUCUCUAGGCCCUGUUUCUAACUCCCAUUACUUAAAAACAGACUUAUUUUAACCCCUAUACCACUCUUCUUCUUCCCUCUAUAGCACUCCAUGAUUUACUUCUUCCACCACUACGAGCUUCCGGCCAUCCUGCAGCAGAUCCGUAUCCAGGAGUUGCUGCUGCAGAACCAGCAGGCGGGCCAGGGGGGCAACCAGACUGCCCUGCAGGACAACCUCAACAACAACACCACCACCGCUGCAGCUGGAGCAGCUCCAGCCCGGGGAGGGGUAGCCAAUGGCCAGGUCCGACCGCCAGACGAGCCCCAGGCUUCUUCGGCGGCCCAGGCCCAAGGUACAGCGACCCAGGCUUCCCAGUCUAACAGCCUGGCUGGCAGCGCCACGUCAGAAGGGGCCGGAGGAGAGUUGACGAUGACGACGGAGCUGGACUGGAUGGCGGAGACGGCGGCCAUCAUCACGGAGGCCUUGUCCUCCUCCUUGGCCCCCCAGCUGGAGGGGUCUUUGCUGGAGAGCACGGAAGGGGGGUUGCUGGGGGAGGUGGGGGGGGUCAUGGUUUCUGAGGCAGGCCUCAGCGUGGUGGCGGAGAUUCGAAUGGGGGGAGGUGGUGGAGGAGGAGAGGGCACAGAUGGCGCCAGUCCCAGUUUGGCUGCAGUGGAAAUCAAAACCAUAGGGGCCUGCAGCAGCAGUGCAGCGGGCUCAGGCCCGCCUCUUCCUCCCUCUCCUCCAAUGGGAGGACUUCAGGAAGCAGAGACUAGCCUCUCUAGUGUCAGUCCCUCCCUUCUUCCUCCUCCUCCUCCUCCUCCUCCACACACAGACUGCAGUAGGGCAGGGGCUGGGGAGCCAGAAAGCCCUGGGCAUAGCCCCACAGACUGGGAGCCCAAGACAGAGGAACCCCCCAGCCCCACUCCAUCCUGAGCCCCCCUUCUCCAACUCACUCACAUACACACAUGCUACCACACGCAGAGGCAACAUGUCUUCUUCUCCCCCCUCAAUUCCUCUUCCGACACCGCAAGAUGGCCGCCGUGGCUUUAUUACUGUAAUCUCAUUCUUAUGACAGCAAGGAGAAGAGAGGGAUGGAAAGCUGAGAAAAGGAGAAGGUGCCCCCCUCCACUCUCCUCUAGGAUCUCUGCUACGGAAAUGUUUUGUUUAGCUUUUAGUUUCCCCAUCCUUAGUGGGACAGUGA